GUUUCUCCGUCUCCGGAUCGACAACGACUUCAGAAGUUUGCUAAUGCGCUGUACAAACUUUUCGCGGAAAAUAACCUCGCCGGUGGAGUUGUCUACGAUCCAAACCAAGAUGUCCGUCUUCACAUGACCGUGAUGAAUUCGACGUUACCCAUCCAACGCGAUCCGAAUGCCACUCGUCAAUCGUUCAGUGUUGUCGGACUGACGCGUGAGCUCGGGGACUUCUGCUUCGGUGAGGAUGUGCUCUGCGAUCAGUUUGAACUGUUAGUGAUGAAAUCGAGCGCGACCAGUGAGAAUCCGUUGCCCAACUUUUCCCUGCGUUUACGUGCUGAUUGUGACAGUCCAGUUUUCAUAGAAAUAUGUGAUCCGAACAAUUCUUAG